CCACAACAAAACACGGAUCGACGCGUUCAAUACCGUAUGAAAAGCUCAACUAUGCAGGAAAGUGUGAGAUCGUCUUACAAUUCGAGGAAGCGGCGCAGGGAGGUCACGGCGCAAGCUGAGGAAGAUGCCUGUGAAACAGUGAAGACGACGGACGCCAAACACGAGGUUCCCAGGACAAAUGCAAUUCUUCAGCUAAAUGACGACUGUUUGUGCCAUAUCUUUACUUAUCUCAACAUUUGGCAAGUGAUGUUGAUGGAAAAAGUAUGCAAGAGGUUUAAGAUUGUGGCGCGUAUGAUCUACAAAAGAACGCACGAGUUAAAUUUUACUGUGCUUUGGGAGCAAAAGAACACCGGAAACAUAACAAUGAGAGAUGUCAGGAAUAUUUCAGCAAGGCUUGCACCGCAUAUCCACACUCUUGUUGCUGCAUCUGAGGAUUUCUAUAGUCCCUGUGACGUUAUUACUCACAUUCUUGACAUUUGCAAAGACUGCAGCAAGUUAAAGAACUUGCGUCUCUGCUCUUUCGAGAUCAAUCAACCCGAUGCCAAGAGUUUUGUGAACCUCGAGAUGCUUGAGUUAAAGUGGUGUACGAUUACGGAUGAACUUGAUCUUGAAAUUUGUCUACAAGCAGCGAAGAACUUAAAAAUUCUCAAUAUUUCUUGCCAUUCCAUAACCGGAAAAUGCUUAACUGUGUUACAUGAUAUCAAGGAGCUCAGCAUUGGUGUGCUGCCGAAUUUUCGAUUGUCUUACUUCAGGCAAUUCUGUGAGCGCCAGCAUGGACUGAAGACACUCAAAAUCAAAUUUUACACCAUGUCUGAAGAUCAUGAAUUUGGAAACAUUUCGGGACCAUUAUCUGAAUCAGAUUUCAUUGUAUGGACGUUUCCGUGACCUACAAGAGCUGCAUAUUAACUGGUGCGAUAUUGCUACUCUCAUUGGCCUUGACGACUUUAUUUAUUCACAUCGACUGCUGAGAACUGUGGAUAUGCGAUAGAACCGAUGAAAUCUACGUUUAUGGCAGAUUCUUUACCUUCCUUUUGGCCAGAAUUUUGCGGCACUUUGACGAAAGGCCUGCGCCGUUGGAUAUUAAGGUAUGCCCGCUGAAGAUCUCUGCGGAUGAGUGGGAUGAGAUUAGUGCAAGGAUUCGAGGCAACCCAAAAAUUAGGAUGUAGGGAAAAUUCAAAUUUAUGAAUCUGAGGAUUUUUUUUUGAAAAGGACUGUAUUGAACUAAACCUGUAAAUAAAAAUUUCUUUUGCGUUCAGUCUAAAUAAAUUUAGUUACUUCCA